AUGUCCAUAAUUUUCGACGUACUCCAAAGAAUUUAUGUUUUGUUUUCAUCGUCGGUAAAUCGAUGGAAAAUUUUAACCGACAAUAUAAAAGGGCUGACCGUGAAACCUCUGAGUGACACAAGAUGGAAAAGUAGAAUCAACAGCGUAAAAGUUGUUCGCUUUCAAACUGAACAAAUUUACAAUGCGCUUAUUAAACUAUCCGAAGUUGAAAACAUAGAUGCUGGAACGCGCCAUGAAGCUGUUUCGCUUGCUGAUCAACUUACAGAUUUUAAGUUUCUAAUAUCAUUAGUUGUUUGGUACGAUAUUCUUUUUCAAGUGAAUCUAGUCAGUAAAAGUAUGCAAGCAAAAUCAAUGGACUUAAUAAAUGGUUCUAAUAUGUUAAAAAGUGCUUUAGAGUUUAUUAAGAACUAUAGAGAUCAAUUUGAUCAGAUUUUGGUCAAAGCAAAAGCAAUAGCAGAUGAACUAGGAGUGGAUUCUGAAAUAAAAGUAGUUCGGGAGCGUAUAAAAAAAAAAAACUUUGAUUAUGAGCGUUCAGAUGAUACUGAUCAUAGAACUGCAGUCGAAAAAUUUAAACAUGAAUUUUUUUACACGUUAAUGGACGUUGUUACUACAUCAUUGACAGAUCGUUUUGAAAUUUUAAAGAUCCAUGUUGAUUUAUGGAAUUUUUUGUACGACUUAAAAAAUGCACCUGAAAAUGAAAACGAAUUAUUGAAACAUUGUAUGGAUCUACACAAUCACCUUAAAGAUGGAUCUGACUCUGAUAUUGAUGGUGUCGAAUUAUGCACAGAGAUUGUGAACAUCAAGCCAUUGUUAAUUUCUUGUUUGGACGUAAGUUCACCUCUUAAUAUUCUUCAAUACAUUUUUGUGAACUCCAAGACAUAUUUCCAAAUCUUUGGAUUGCUUUAA